AUGCCAGCUCGUUCAAGUAUAUACAUUGAAUUGUAUACUCCAGCGGCCGAGAAGCCGGAAGCUCUCAGAAUGUCACUACAUACUGGAGGACAUCGACAUGGAGAUGAUAGGGAACGUGUCUAUGAAUCGACUGUGAAGUCAAACAAUGUUCCUCAUGACAAAAGGGGAAUUGAUACUUCAGCGAAUAAAGUGGGGACGAUACAUUCUUCCAGUCUAGACCAAGAAAAAUCGGUGGAAAUCAGGGGUAGUGCUUAA